GUAACUUAUCAGAAAUGUCUGUACCCCUCACUUCAAGGCUGUGUGGUUCCAGGGCGAAAAUAGUCUUUAUCAGCUCGCCUUCUCUCUUGUGAACCGCACAGUUCUGGGUUUCGAUUUUUCGACAAAUCGCCGAUUUUGCACACCAUGGCCAAAUUUUUGGGCUUGGACAAACUCGGGAACUUUUUCAAAAUAAUCAAACAGAACGGAGGAAUCACAGGAUCAGUCUUCAAACUGUUCAGGCAAGAUGAGCUGAAGAUGGGAACACUUGUUGGAGAGGACAAGUAUGGAAACAAGUACUUUGAAAACAAUUACUACUUUUAUGGCAGAAAUCGUUGGGUGGAAUACGCUGAUAAAUAUUUCCUUGACUACGAUGGAAGUCAGGUGCCGGCCGAAUGGUUUGGGUGGCUCCAUUACAAAACAGAUCUUCCUCCCCAUUUGGAUCCAUCGAGACCUAAAUACCCAUGGAUGUUAGACCAUGAAGAAAAUAUGUCCGGUACACCACAACAAUACGUCCCAUACUCGACCACAAGAGAAAAAAUUUCGGCUUGGGUCCCACCUAAGAAAUAACAAGUGAUCAAAAAAGCCCAUAGUUAAAAAAAUUAAAAUUAUACAAAUGUGAUGUUAUUAAUUAAAGUAUGUUUUUUGUUGGA